UCCGUGUCGUGAGGGCUCUUAAGGUGGAACGGCUCUAAGAUCCCCGCGGUGUCCGGUACCGGCCGGAGCCACCUUAAAUCGUUCCCCGCCACCGCCGCCCCGUGGCGCGCCCCGACCGGGGUUUCCCCGCGCCCACCCCCGGUGCUGGGUCCUGGGUCCCCGGUGCUGGGUCCGGGUCCUGCCCCGUGUCCGCCCCACGGAGCCGUGCGGGAUGUUCCCUCAGGGCCGGCACCCGCCCGGUAAGUUGUCGGUGCUGGAGAUCUGCGAGCGGAUCGAGGAGGAGUUCCGGCUGCUGCAGGCACAGAACCACAGCCUGAAGCUGGAGUGCGAGAAGCUGCUGAGCGACAGGACCGAGAUGCAGCGGCGUUAUGUCAUGUACUAUGAGAUGUCCUACGGGCUGAACAUCGAGAUGCACAAACAGGCUGAGAUUGUCAAGAGGCUCAGUGCCAUCUGCGCCCACAUUGUGCCUUUCCUGACGCAGGAGCACCAGCAGCAGGUCCUGCGGGCGGUGGAGCGGGCCAAGCAGGUCAGCAUGGCAGAGCUCAGCAGCAUCGUCGGGCAGCAGCAGCUGCAGCACUUCUCCCAUCACCCCCCCCAGCUGCCGCUGACCCCCCACCCCUCUGUUGUGCACAGCCUGCCCGGGGGGGCUGCGGGGCUGCUGGUGCUCUGGGAGGCACUGAUGGCACAGUCACAGCUGGCGGCCAAGGAGCAGAAAGCAGCACAGGAGAGCAGAGAGCGCAGCCCCAGCCGGAGCGUGUCGGCAUCUCCUCCAGACGGCCCUGAUGGGGAGAUGGGGCUGAAGCGGAGCCAGGAGGAGAAGGAGCUGCCUGGGCACUAUGACAGCGAUGGGGACAAGAGUGACUGCAACCUGGUGGUGGAUGAGGACCCCCCCUCAGAGCCCAGCAGCCCCCCCCCGACCCAGGAUGUCCCUGGGAGCCCGAUGUCCAGCUGGAGCAGGACGCCGUGCCGAUGGAAGGAGCCGGGGCUGCCGGAGCCCCCCACUGCUGUGUCCUCCUCAUCCCCCCCACCCCGUGAUGCCCUCACUCCCAUUGUGGGGCCCAGCUCAGCCUCCCCACCCCAGCAACCUGCAGCCAAGGACCCCCCCGCUUUCCGCAGCCCCUUCACCUCCCUGGCCCUGCUGCCCCACACUGCCCUCAAUGCAGAGCUGCCAUCCUCUGUGUACAUGGGCCUCCACGUCCCAGCUCAGCCCGGCAGUGCUGCCUAUGGGCGCUCACCCCCGGUAGGUCAGCAGUGCAGCCCCCAGCCCUCUGUGCACCAGGGGUCCCACUCGGCUGCUUUGUCUCCUGCCGCAGGGAAGUGGUUUGUGAGCACGGGGAAGGACAACCUGCUCAACGCCUGGCACAUGCCAUAUGGAGCCAGCAUCUUCCAGUCCAAAGAAUCAUCUUCAGUGCUGAGCUGUGACAUCUCCAUCAAUGACAAAUUCAUUGUGACCGGCUCUGGCGACAAGGCCACGGUGUAUGAGGUGCUGUACUGAGCUCCCGUUAUCUCUGCUGCUCACAUACUUGGGGCUGAGCCCUUCCCAGCCCGGGGUUGAGCCCCCAGUGCUGCUGCAUCCAGCCUGGCCCCGCUGCUCCUUGAGCUGCUCCCUCUGCUUCUCUUCUCGCAAGCUGGGGAGCAGGAGGUGACACUUUGUGCCCCCCCUUCCUUAAUACUUGACAGACCGGGGCUGGUUGGGGUGGGGGAUGCGGGAUCCCCUCCAUGCAGGGGGUGCAGGGCAGGGGGUGGUCGGU